GAUUGGCAGCAGAGGGGGUGGAGGACACUGAAUGGAGGCCAGUGGAGGGAUUGGCAGAGAGGGGUGGAGGACACUGAAUGGAGGGCAGUGGAGGGAUUGGCAGAGAGGGGUGGAGGACACUGAAUGGAGGCCAGUGGAGGCCAGUGGAGGGAUUGGCAGAGAGGGCAGGGAGGGGUGGAGGACACUAAAUGGAGGCCAGUGGAGGGAGGGAUCGGCAGGGAGGGGUGGAGGACACUGAGUGGAGGCCAGUGGAGGGAUCGGCAGAGAGGGGGUGGCAGAUAUGGAACGGUUAGUGGGAGAUGUGGCGGAGGUGGGAGAUGUGGCGGAGGUGUGGCGCAGUGGGAGAUGUGGCGGAGGUGGGAGAUGUGGCGGAGGUGG